GGUUGCUGAUCAGUGCUGAUCAAUUUUAUUAUUAAGAUAUAAAAAUAAUUAUUUAAAUCAUGGGAAAGUUAAAUGGUCCAAGACAAGAUAGAAAACAACUAUCAUGGAGUUACAGAAAUAAAAAAAAACAGGUUAAACAAAAUAGACCUCCACCAAAAGCUACUGAUAAUGUUCAAGUACAAAAUAAAAAUGCUAGAAUUAUUGUUAGAAAUUUAUCAUUUAAAGUUACUGAUAAAGAUGUAAGAAAUUUAUAUGAGCCAUUUGGUGAAAUUGAAGAAAUUGAUUUGCCUCGUCGACCAGAUGGCAAAUUACUUGGUUGUGGUUUUGUACAAUUUAAAAGAAUUGAAGAUGCAUCAAAAGCUAUAUUUAAAACAAAUAAAAAUGAAUUUCUUGGUAGACCAAUUAAUUGUACAUGGGCAGUAUCGAAAGCAAAAUUUGUUGAACAACUAGAACAAAAAAAAGCUGCUGAAAAAUCACAAGAUAAUGAUAAACAAAAUGAUACUGUUAAUUUAGAUGAUACAAAAAAUGAAGUUGACGAUAAAGAACAAACAUUUGAAAUUGUUCCAAAUAAAAAUAAAAUCAUCACUAAUAAAAUAACAAAAAAUGAAAGAAAAAAAAUGACACCUGAAGAAAGAAAACAAAAAAAAGAUGAAUUACGUAAAAAACGUGCAAGAAUUGUUGUAAGAAAUUUAUCAUUUAAAGCUGAUGAAAAUACAUUAAAAGAACAUUUUAAUAAAUAUGGAAAUAUUGAAGAAGUUAAAUUAUUAACAAGAGAUGAUGGUAAACGUGCUGGUGUUGGUUUUGUACAAUUUGAAAGAGUACAAAGUGCAGCAAUGGCAAUUCAUUAUGAAAAUAUGAAAAGUAUUUUAGAAAGACCAAUUGUUGUUGAUUGGGCUGUUCCAAAAUCUAAAUUUGUUAAAUCACAACAGGCUAAUGAUGAAGAUGAUAAUAAAAAUGAUAUUGAAAUUAUUGAUGGAGUAGAUGACAAAAAUAAAGAAAUAAAACUUGAUGAUCCUGAUGAAAUAAAAGAUGAAAAGUCUGGAGAUGAAGAUGAUGAUGCAUCUGUAAAAGAAGAAGAUUCUGAAGACGAGGAAGAUGAUGAUGAAGAUGAAGAAGAGGAGGAAGAUGAAGAUGAAGAUAAAAAAGAGGCAGAAGUUAAAGAAGAAAAAGAGCCUGAAAAACAAGAAAGAUAUCGUUCUCAUGAUGUAUCUGAAGGUAAAACUGUAUUUAUAAAAAAUGUACCAUUUUCAGUUAAAAAUGAUGAGCUCAAAGCUUGCAUGGAACAAUUUGGUAGAGUAUAUUAUGCUCUAGUUUGUAUGGAUCCAUUGACUGAGCAUUCAAAAGGUACAGCAUUUGUUAAAUUUUUAAAUGCUGAAGAUGCUGAAAAAUGUUUAGCUGCUGGUACAGAAUUACGUCUUCAUGAUCAAGUACUUGAUCCUCAUAGAGCACUUGAUAGUAAUGAUAUGAAAGAUCCAAAAUCAAUAAAAAAUCAAAGAAGUAAAGAUUCAAGAAAUCUUUAUUUAAUUAAAGAAGGUGUUAUACUUGCUGGUAGUCCAGCAGCUAUUGAUGUAUCAGCAGCAGAUAUGGCUAGACGUUUACAAUUAGAACAAUGGAAAUCACAAAUGCUUAAAAAUUUAAAUAUGUUUGUAUCAAGAAUACGUCUUGUUGUACAUAAUCUUCCACCAACACUUGGAGAUGCACAAUUUAGAGAAAUAUGUAAAAAACAUGCUGGACCAAAAGCAUUUAUUACAGAAGCUAGAAUUAUGAGAGAUUUAAAAAAUCCAGAUGCUAAUGGAAUUGGUCCAUCAAAAGGAUUUGGAUUUGUUGCAUUUUCAACACAUGAAGAUGCCCUAAAAGCACUAAGAAGUCUCAAUAAUAAUCCUAAUAUUUUUACAAAAGCAUCGAGACCAAUUGUUGCAUUUUCAAUUGAAAAUAGAAUCAUGGUUAAUGCUAAAGAACGUCGUGUACAAAAAAGUCGUGAUCACAAUCCAUUAUGGCAAAAUAAACGUAAAGAAACUUCAAAUGAUAAUAAUAAUGAUUCAACAAAUGAUCAAUCAUCAAAACGACCAAGAUAUCAUGAACCAAAUGAAGUCAUUGAAGCCAUUCCUGAAUAUUCUGGUGUAACUAGUAAACCAGGUCGAACAAAAUUACGUUCAAAAUUUAAUAUUAAAAAUCAAGCUGAAUUACACAAAAAAGUACGUCAAGAUCAACAUAAAACAAGAAAAUUCGAACGUAAAUUAAAAGAAAGACAAGUUAAUCGACAAUUAUCACAAAAACAAAUAAAACCAAAACAAGGCUCAAAAAAAUUAAGUAAAGAAGAUGUUAAUUUAAACAAAAUGAUUGAUAGUUAUAAAAAUAAAUUAUCAGCCCCAACACCAACUAAAUCAAAAUGGUAUGAUAAUUAAAAUUAAUCAAUAACUAUAAUAUUAAAUAAAUAAAUUUUCAAAUUAUACAAAUAAUU